AUGGGUAUCUGGUUUUCAACAACCUCAUCCCAAUCUUCCAAACCGAGUUUAGAUGAGUUACCCGAAAGCUGCGUUGCUGCUGUGAUGCAGUACAUGGAUCCUCCUCAGAUUUGUAAAUUAGCUUCUUUGAAUCGCACUUUUCGCGCCGCUUCUUUCGCUGAUUUUGUAUGGGAAUCCAAACUUCCUUCUAAUUAUGACAUCAUCCUUGAUAAAAUCGGUGCUAGUUUUCCAUCUCAGUUGGGGAAAAGAGGGAUUUAUUCGCGCCUUUGUUCCCUCAAUACUUUCGAUGAUGGCAACACGAAAGUUUGGUUGGAUAAAAGUAUCGGUAAGGUCUGUUUGUGUAUUUCGGCUAAAGGAUUGUAUAUAACAGGGAUUGAUGAUCGAAGAUAUUGGAACCAUAUUCCCACUGAAGAAUCAAGAUUCAGUAGUGUUGCAUAUCUCCAACAAAUCUGGUGGUUUGAAGUGGACGGUGAAGUCGAGUUUCCAUUUCCACCUGGAACAUACAGCUUAUUCUUCAGAAUACAUCUAGGAAAAGCCUCCAAGAGAUUUGGAAGAAGGGUUUGCAACACAGAACAUGUUCAUGGGUGGGAUAAAAAGCCAGUUAAAUUCCAGCUAUGGACUUCAGAUGAUCAACAUGUUGCAUCACAUUGUUUUCUGAAAGGUACGGGCAAAUGGCGCUAUUACCAUGCAGGCGAUUUCGUGGUUGAAGAUGGUAAUGUAUCAACAAAAGUUAAAUUCUCUAUGACUCAAAUUGAUUGCACACAUACUAAAGGUGGUCUCUGUUUAGAUUCUGUGUUUGUGUAUCCUAGUGAGUUUAGAAAGGUUAAAGAAUUUUUGAACCACUCUUAA